AGGGGGCCGUCCCUGUUGGUGGAGAUCAUCCCGAGGAAGGCCCACGUAGUGAUCAUUUGAAGAUAUCUCCCAUUCAGGCGAUAGUUAGACUCGACUGUGCGACACCAUCAUAAGGGGACAAGUCGAAGGCUAUUUGUACAUAGUAGCUUGGCCAAGAUGGAUGUGUUUAUGAAGGGUUUGUCUAAAGCGAAAGAAGGGAUGGCUGUGGCUGCAGAGAAGACCAAGGAAGGAGUUGCAGUUGCAGCUGAAAAGACUAAAGAAGGAGUAAUGUUUGUAGGUAACAAGGCCAAAGACAGUGUGGGCACAGUGGCCGAGAAAACCACUGGGGCUAUGGGGAACAUCGCUGCUGCCACUGGCCUGAUGAAGAAGGACGAGUUCCCCUCCGACAUGAACCCUGAGGAGUAUGGACAGGAGGCCAUGGAGGGCCAGGGAGAGGCAAUGCUGGAGCCAGAAGGAGAGACAUAUGAUGAGACCCAGCAGGAGAGCCAGGACUACGAGCCAGAAGCGUAAAAAAAAAAAAAAAAAUCACCAUUCCAAGCCACCAUCCAACCAGCAGCACAAUAAUAUUUCUAAUAAUAAAAAGGACAAAUGCUGAAACUAUUAUAAUUAUACCCCGUUGCAAAAAAAUACAACGAAAAAGACAAGCAUUCCCACUGAAAAAGUUCUUCCUUCAAGACAAAUCUUUUAUUAUUCUAUAUUGUAAAUGUCAUGUUAUAAAUGUAAUGUGUUGGGUGUAGGUAUUUAUUGAGAUGUAGGAUUUGUCCUCUCAGUCUCAUUUCCUUGACUCCCUCCCAAUGAAAUGAGACCAGAGCCGGGGCUUGUGACUUUGUACUUGUGUGUAUCUGUAUUUAGAAAUGUGCAAUAGAUGUUCAUCAUCUUCCAAUGAGACAUUGGGAGUGAAAAAAUAAAUAUGUCCGGUUGCAAGCAGAUAAGAUUACAAUAAUAUUCCCUUAAGUGUCGACAAUGCCUGUUUGUGGGUCUUUUCUUUUUUGCAUUUCUUUGGAGAUUUAUUUGACUGUUUUUGAAGUUAAGAGUUUUUUAAAUUGUAUCUUUAUAGUUGCCUGUGAAAAUCAUUCCAGUAAACUAUCUGUUAGAAAUGGACAGAGUAUACAUGUUUGUGUGCGUGCGUGUGUUUGUGUGUACUGAAGAGUUUAACAAGUCAAUAUAUCAUGUCUUGACAUCAUAAUGGUUGUCAUAUCAAAAUGUGCUUUAAAUUGCAGGACUUGUCAAUAUUAAGGUUUAUGUGUUAAGCCAGACAUACAAAUCCUCUGUAAAUAAAAAGUAAAAAAAAGAAAC